CCGACGCCCGCGCGCGAAGCCGACGACGAAGACGCCUUCGUCAACGCCCGCGAUCGCACGUUCGAUCUCGAACGCCGCACAGACGACGAUGAGCGCGUUCGCGAUGCGAACGUUGACGGCGCGCCCGACCGCGGCGCGCGCGAACGGCGCGCGCGCGACGACGACGCGUCAACGCGUCGCGCAAACGCCGCGCGCGAUCGCGCGCGCUGGUGCGAUCUCCGCGAACGCGACGCGGGACGUGAACCGCGGGGCGAAUGCGUGCGCGAACAAGGCGAUCGCGAUCGACGGCGCGGCGAGCGGCUCUGACUCUCUGGCGACGAUGACGACGAUGACGUACAACGAGACGGGGAAGUGGCGUGAGAACCUCGAUCUCGCGGGAUGGGCGGCGGAAAUGCGCGCGAUAGAGAAGGAAUUCAAGGCGCCGGAACACUUCGAGGAGGAUGUGAAGCACUUGAAGAAGAUUUUGACGUGGGCGAACCUGUGCUACUUUGGCGGGUUGGCGGCGCUGACGGCGAUGCCGAUGGUGGGUUUGAACAUGCCGGCUUGGUUGAACGGGAUGAAUCCGAUCGCGGCGUUCAUGAUGUCGACUGCGAUUUGCGCGAGAUGGACUAUGGUCGGUCACCACACGUGCCACGGUGGUUACAACGCGGCGCAGAGCACGAACGGGGAAGUCACUGGUCGAUUCCACCGCAGAAAGUUUGCGCGCGGUUUGUGGCGACGAUGCACCGAUUGGAUGGAUUGGAUGCUCCCAGAGGCGUGGGACGUAGAACACAACCACUUGCACCAUUAUCAACUCGGCGAAGAUGCGGAUCCGGAUCUCGUUGAGCGCAACAUGCAAGAGCUCCGCGAAGGUAACACCCCGAUGGUGUCGCGUUAUCUCCAAGUCGCUGGUCUCGCGCUCGUCUGGAAGUGGUUUUACUACGCGCCGAACACGUUGAAGGAACUUCUCGCGCGUAAGGAGCGUGAAGCCGCCAAGGCUGGUAACUCCAAGCCAAACCCGUUCAAGACUGGCAGCCUUCCGUCAACCGUUCUCACGGUCGCUCAAGGCGCGUUCAAGGGCGAGUUUGCUGCUGUGUCUGAAACCAUCAAGUGCUUCGCUCCAUACGCGCUCUGGUCUUUCGCCGCACUGCCGGCGAUUGGCUACGCCAUCGGCGGCCCGAAGGCUGCGCUCGCCUGGUUCAUGACUUCCGUCCUCGCGGACGUUAUGACGAACGUUCACUCGUUCAUCAUCAUCGCCACCAACCACGUCGGCGACGACAUCUACCGAUUCGAGACGGAAACGAAGCCUCGUUCGGAUGAUUUCUACCUCCGCGCGGUGAUCGGCUCCGCGAACUUCAAGACUGGCGGCGAUGCGAACGAUUUCAUGCACGGCUGGUUGAACUACCAAAUCGAGCACCACAUGUUCCCGGACAUGUCCAUGCGCGCGUACCAAAACAUGCAGCCGCGCGUCAAGGCUGUGUGCGAGAAGUAUGGUGUCCCCUACGUGCAAGAGUCCGUGUUCACGCGUCUUGGACAACUCGUCGAUGUCAUGGUCGGCAAGCGCACCAUGCUCGUGUGGGAGAACGGUGAUUAAAUUAUAAAUUAUGACGACUCGUUUUGAAACGUCGCUGCGAAGCGAGGUUCCAAUUAAAGCUGAUCGCCUUUCCCCUGCUUUUGCCUAUCUCCACAUUUGAUUUAUUUAGCG